AAACGGCACAAGUUUUACAAGCGACUGUUGCUUACCCUGGAAUGUGAACACGUGAAUAACGCGAUAGGAAACGUCACUGCGUGCUGCGUUGUUUGAUGGCCUUGGUGUGAGGCAGGCUGCAUCGGGCUGCAUGGAUGUGUGUUGCCUGAUUGUUUAAAAUGGGGUCAUACUCCUAAGUUGUAGUUAUCUUUCGUGUGUUUUGGAUAAAACCGACUUGGAUGGAACUUCUUGCUUUAGUGUGUGUUAUCGCAUUAUAUAUCUGAUAUGUAGAUUGUUUUGAGGUUAUAUUUUGAAACUUAGCGCUUAUUUUAUCAAUUAACUAAUUACAAAAAUAAUGGCUGAUAGUAGGUGUAGAUACAGUUAUGAUGCGCGAGAAUCGUUUGCGCAAAAUGAGAUUGAUGUUACCUGGUUUAGUCAACUGAAGCACAUCUGGGGUCUUUGGAAAAAGAGUGAACGCGUGUCGCGAACGCUUCACGAGUACUUUCAAACAACUUCGAAUCCUUAUGUAUCCGCUUUGGUCAUAACUCAAAUGUGUGACGAUUUCAAACAGGCAAAACCUAACUCUUUGUGCUAUACAGUAAUGGAAGAAUUUACAAAGUGGGUACGUGAUAAAGAAGAUUCAUUCGCCCAUUUGUUAGUGAGUGAUGUCAAACUUCAUGCUUUCUACGUGAUUACAAGGCAGCAUAAUAUGUCACUUGUCAAAAUGGUUUGUUCAGUGUACAAAAUGUUGGAAGAAAAUAACAUAUUUAUUGCUCCUAUUAAUCAGUUCCUUAGAAACAAGCAGUAUAAAGAAGCAUGUCAAGUUGCAGCAUUUUUGAAAUUGCAUGAUCAUUUCAGUAUUGAGGAUUUUCUAAUUCCACUUGUAAUUCAGGACAAAAUGAAUGUAGCUGAAGAAUUUUUACAUGGAAGUUUUGUCCAUCAGAAGCAAUUAGUAUUGUUUCUUGAUAACUUACUAGCACAGCGAAAUAUUGGUAAUGAAGUGGAGAUGCUCAUAAGUAAAUAUGAUAUUCCUGAUGCCAAAAAGAGCAAAAUGUUGUAUAAGCCCCUUGGAAAGCUUGUUGCUCGACUCAUGAAAAUUUACAAUCUGCCUCGUGAUUUGGCACCAAAUUUAAAUCGCAAACGAAAUGAAGGUGCUUUGCAGUUUCUCGUAUACAAGAGAUAUGUUCAGCAUACUCUUGGAAGAGAUAGUUUUCGUGAAAUGGUGUAUGAAGCUACUACAGCCAAUCCUAAUUUACAGCGUGAAGUUGUUAUACAAGUUAAUUUAGCUGGUGAUGUUCAAGAGGCUGUGUUUUGGGCACGGGAAUUUGGAAUUCCUAGAGCUGAAUGUCCAACUAGGAUACAAGAACUGCUCGAUUCUGGACCUUCAUUUCCUAUAGAAGAGGAAGAAAAUUGGGAUGACAAUCCAGGCAUCAAUUUUCACACACUAUCACUGUCGGAUAGUCAGAUUGUUCUUGUUGACACUCCUGUCAAAUUUAGAGAAUUUCUCUUUGAAGUGUCAAGUGCUGAAAUUGUGGGUAUUGAUUCAGAGUGGAAACCACAAUUUGGUACUAUGAAAAAUGGUUUGGCCUUAGUUCAAGUUGCAACUCAUAACAGAGUUUAUAUUCUUGACAUAAUUCUGACUGGUUCUCAUCAAGAUUGUUCUUGGGAAGAAGCCGGAGCUAAACUCUUUGGUAAUGAAAAAAUUAUCAAGUUAGGAUUUGGUGUUUCAUCUGAUCUGAAUAUGAUGCUUCAGUGUUUACCAAAUUUAGAAAGAACUGUACAAAAUAAAAAUGGGUACUUAGAUCUUACAUCCCUCUGGAAGAGAUUGACCAAAGAAUUUAAUUUUAAGUUUCCUUAUACAGCUCAAGAAGGAGGUGAAAGCUUGACCUACUUAGUUGAGUUGUGCCUUGGAAAAUGUUUGGAUAAGUCUGAUCAGUUUUCAAACUGGGAACGACGACCUUUAAGAGAAAGUCAAAUUCGUUACGCAGCUUUAGAUGCUUAUUGCCUUAUUGAAGUGUUUGAUGUUCUUAAAGAAAAUGCAGAAAGGCAAGAAAUUCCAUUUAGAGAUAUUUGUUUAGAGCUUAUGGCAAAAACAAAUAAUGAAGUAAAAAAAACUCACAAGUCUCGUAGAAGUCGUAGGGUAGAUGGACCUCCUUUGGAAGUUGUGUGCCCAUUUGAAGGUCCUAUUUCUGUAUCUGAACUUAAGAUGCUUUGUGACAAAGGUUUGGAAGGUCUUGGCCAGCAGUUACGUAAAGUGGGCAUUGACACUCUUACUUUGAAUGCAGUUGACAGUCCAGAGCGGUGCAUACAGAUUGCGAAGCAAGAUUCACGUAUUGUUGUUGUACGUGGGCGUUCAACGUAUGCAAAAAUUAGUCAGUAUGUACCCCGUGGUUUCUGUUAUCCAGUAGCCACUGAAACGGUCCAUGAACAACUUCGAGAGAUAUUGCAACAUUUCAAUAUACGUGUACGUCAGGAAGAUAUUUUCAGCCGUUGCAAAUUGUGCAAUGGUGCAUCUUUUGUUAAAGUUUCCCAGUCUACUAUGAAGAUUCUAAAGUCUUGUGUCAAAGUUACGAUUACUUCUCCUCCAGUAGACAAUGAUGACCACAAUGACUACACAGGAUUUUCUAGUGAAAGUGAUGGCUAUUCAGAUGAUGGUCUGUCUCCACCAAUUAAAAGCAAUUCACAAGUUCAAAAGUUUGUUGAAAAUGUUGACAUUAAUCUCUGUAGAACAAGGAAAGGUGUGCCCAUUCAAGUGAAUGUUUUGCCUCCUGAAUGUAUAAAUUCUAUCUCUGAGUUCAAUAUUUGUGAAGUUUGCGGAAGAAUUUACUGGGAUGGAUCUCAUUUUGAACGGUUCAUAAAUGGAAAAAUGAAAGAUAUCAUUUGUGAAUAGCUUGAAAAGUCUGUAACAUAAGUUAUUGUAUGUGCAGUUAGAAGUGUACCUGUUGUGUACACAAAUGACAGAGGAUAAAGUGCUUCCGUAAGAUAUUAAUUUUCAUAAGUAUAUUUAUGAGACAUUGAAUUAUGUAAUAUAUUUUGUUUAACUUACUGACAAAUCUUCACUCAGAAAGUUUUCUUUGUAAUGCUUUUAAUAGCUUGAUGCAUGUCUCGAGAAAAUAAAAAGUUAUAAUCUGUGUUUUUAUUUUAUUAUUAUUUUCUUUUUUGUCCCACCCUUCUUAAAUGUUAUCAAAACAUACUACAUGUGAACAGUGUAAAAAAUGUAAUAUUUAAUUAUUCUUGUGGGAUUUUCCUUACUACUUAAUGAAAGGAUAAAAAAAGAAAUACAAUUACUUUGU